AUCAGCUCGACCUGCUCCACAACACCUGAUCCUCAUCCAGAUCCUGAUCCAGAUCCUGAUCCAGAUCCACUCUGAUCUCAGACCAGAAACUUCAAACUUUCAAACUUUCAGCUGACCUCAGGCUGCAGACAGUCCUCCAUCAUGGACUCGGUCUACUCGGACGUGGACAGCAGCAGCUGUGACUUCUUCUCUCAGACGGACGAUGAGGACUCUGGUUCCCCCUCCAGCAGCAGUCUGUCCCCCGGUAGACCCGGGUCUCCGGAGCCCGAGGCGCCGGUCCCGCAGCAGAAGAAGCGGCGUCGCGGUCGCGGCUCGGUUCCGGUGGUGAGGAAGAACCGGCGCGUGAAGGCCAACGACCGGGAGCGGAACCGGAUGCACAACCUGAACGACGCGCUGGACUCUCUGAGGGGGGUCCUGCCGGCCUUCCCGGAGGAGACCAAGCUCACCAAGAUAGAGACGCUCCGGUUCGCCCACAACUACAUCUGGGCUCUGUCCGAGACCAUCCGCAUCGCAGACCUGCAGGGCAAGACCAGCGGAGGAGGAGACGGUGCUCUGCUGCGGGUACCCGGUCCGGGAGCCGGUCCGGGACCCGGCAGCACCUCCUCCUCCUCCUCUUCCUCCUCCUCCUCCUCCUCCUCCUCCUCCUGGAGCUCCGACGGCUCCUCGUCCUCCUCCUCCCCGGCCUACAGCGCCUCCAGCCCGGGCAGCCCCGCCGGACCGGACCGGUACUACCUGCAGCACGACGCGCUGUUCGGCUUCCGCAGCUUCGCACCCGGCGUCUACUGACCGGAGAGACCGGAGGACAGAGGACACCGGAGGAGACAUGCAGACACAUGCAGAGACCGGAGACAUGCAGAGACAUGCAGACACAUUAACUGGACCCACCGGACCCAGAUGAACCGGUUCUGUUGGACUAGAGAGAGAAUCACUGUUUGCCUUAAACUGACUACUGAGCUGAUGAUGAUGAUGAUGAUG